AAAUACUAAAUAGUCGAGACAAAAGCGCGCGAAUGCGUGCACGUUUCUCGCGUUCGGUCACAGAUAAAUAAUAAAAACUUUUUUUAAAAAUAUUUUUUAAUAUAUUUUAAAGACUUCAUUAAAACCUUAUCCGUGAUUUUUUUUUUAAAUUUAGUGUUAAAGUGACUGUUCAUAGAGGAUUUUCUCAAGAUGCUGUUACCGCUUCUGUUCUUGCUGACGGUGAAGGUCGCGUACCAACAGACCCCUGCAGUAGACCCCUCAUUGCUGGUGGACAUCUUCGGGACACCCCCCACGCCGACGAGACCUCCCAACCAACCCCCUAGACUUGAGGAAAUAACUGUAAGGCCUACAGAGAGCGGCGCAACGUUCACUGACAGCAACGGGGACGCGUGCCAGUGUGUGCCUUAUUACCUGUGCGAUAACAACCUGAACGCCGCGUGGACGAGGAACGAGAGCACCGGCUGGGGAGUGCUGGAUGUGAGAUUCGGUGCGAACGAUGAGUGCCAAGAGAGCGUGGAGAGAUGCUGCAAGAACGUCCUACCAGAGCCCGAACCUGAGCGGCCUGACCCCGGCAAGCUGAGGGGCUGCGGGUACAGGAACCCCAACGGCCUGGACUUCCAGAUCACUGGAGGCAACGGCAACGAGGCGCAAUUCGGCGAGUUCCCGUGGGUGGUGGCUCUGCUGGCCUCCAACGGCACAUACGUUGGCGUGGGCGUGCUCAUCCAUCCUCAGGUCGUGCUGACCGGCGCGCACGUCGCCAACAAGUUCUCUGAAGACGACAGUGAAGAAUCUGGAGAAUACUAUAUUGACAAUGGAGAAGAAGGAGGCAAUGGUGAAUUUAAUUUUCCAUUGCAGCCAGGCUCGCUCAUAGCCCGCGCUGGGGAGUGGGACACACAGACAAACAAGGAGAGACUGAAGUCGCAGGAGAGGGUAGUCGACGGCAUCGUCAUACGAGAAGACUUCAACCCCAAAAACCUGAAGAACGACAUGGCGCUCCUGCACUUGGCGUCACCGUUUGAGCUGGACAAGCACAUCAACAUGCUGUGCCUGCCCGAACAGGACGAGGACUUCGACAACUACCGCGGCUGCGUUGCUAAUGGUUGGGGGAAGACUGUGUUCGGUCGCCAAGGUCGGUACGCUGUGAUCCUCAAGAAGGUGGAGGUGGACAUGGUGCCUUUCGCGAAGUGCGAGAGCCAGCUGAGGCGGACCCGGCUCGGGAACCGCUUCCGGCUGGACAAGAGCUUCGUCUGUGCUGGUGGUGAAGAGGGGAAGGAUACUUGCCAGGGCGACGGCGGAGCACCCUUGGCGUGUCCCGUGGGUGGCGACCGCUACCGGCUGGCGGGGCUGGUCGCGUGGGGCAUCGGCUGCGGACAGAAAGACGUGCCCGCGGUGUACGCGCGCGUAGCCCUGUUCCGGCGCUGGCUAGAUGGCGUCAUGGCCAACUGGGGCUUCGGCGCGGAGGCCUACACCGCCUAGAGCACCGCUAACGUCUGGGGAACUUCAAAAAAAAAUCUAAUCGUAAAAAUUUUGCGCUCGCUGCGCUUGCGUUAGUAUCAUCAUUCCAUUCCACCAGUCUGUAUGCGUCCAACGCUGGACAUAGGCCUUUCCAAGAGCGUUCCAACGCUGGCUAGACGGCGUCAUGGCCAACUGGGGCUUCGGCGCGGAGGCAUACACCGCCUAGAGCACCCCUAACGUCCAGGGAACUUCAAGAAAAAAACAAUCGUAAUUUUUUUGCGCUCGCUGCGCUUGCGUUGAUAACAAUACUGCCUUCAUUUUCAAAAUCUUGACGUUUAGUGACGACAGAUUGAUUUUAUUACUAUUGUCUCAGCUGCAUUUUUUUUUAUAUACCUAGCACUUAUUUGAUGAUUUCUAUAGAUAGUGAUACCAUAGACAAAAAUGUAAUGAAAUACAGUACCUACCUUUAGCGUCUCAGAUUGACCAUAAUGAAAUUAAUGUGAUAAAUAACUUUAAUGAACGAUAUAUUGUGAUUUUCUACGACGUAUUUUUUAUAAUAAAUAGUUUACUUUGUAAAA